AUGGCUCCAAAAAUAUGGGAUAUUCUAUGUGAAUCCAAACGCAUAAUAUAUACUCAACCUCGUCACUACCUCACUCUCUCCCUCAUCUUCCUCUUACCUCUCUAUUUCCUCUCCCUCGUCUCCCAACUCAUUCUCAAACACCUGCAACAGCAACAACCCCCAACAAGCCCUACCGCCAUCAUCUCCUUCUCUAUCCUCUCCUUCCUUAUCUCUUCCAUCUUCACAUCUUGUGCCUUUAUCUCCCUCACUGACAGCGUCUACCGCUCCUUUUUCAAUGAACCCAUCAAACUCAAAGAAGCCUUCAAAUCCAUCUCCACUUCCUUCUUCCCCUUACUCGCCACAGACAUCAUCUUCUUCACCAUCUUCUUCCUCGGCACUUUUCUAUUUGGAUUUCUCAUUGCAGUUGUAUCGUUUCUUAUCACUUAUCUAGGCGGUGUUGACCUCCAAGCUCACUCUUACUUGGUUGUGGUUUCAUUGAUGCUUGUUUUACUCCCUCUUGCGAUAUAUUUGGCAAUUAACUUGAGCUUGGUGAAAGCUAUUGUGGUGGUGGAAUCAGUUUGGGGGUUUGAACCAUUGAGAAGAAGUUGGAAAUUGGUGAAAGGAAUGAAGUGGUUGAUCUUUUCAAUCUUUUUCCUGUUUGCGUCCUUGCAAUGGAUAUUGGUGUGGAUAACUGGUUUUAGCUGGGUACUGAAAUUAGUGAUUUCUCCAAUACUUAUUAUGCUCUCGCUUUACAAUAUUACGGUUCUUACGGUGUUGUAUAUAUACUGCAAAGAGAAACAUGGAGAGCUUGGAGAUGGAGAAUUUGGAAAGGAAAAGGACGAAGCUAGCUUGUCCCUAAUCCCAUGA